UCAAAGGUUGAUCUCUCUUUACAAAAACGAGGUAGACGUUUAAGUUGUUUAGUAAAAUUUGCGAGUGGGAAAAUUUUGACACCGUUAUCGACGUUAAAUUCCUUAAAAUCCUGCUAAAUUGUAUCAAUAAUAAUAAUAAUAGUGCCAUUUUUUACAAAUUAGCCAAAAUAUAUUAUAAUGUCGGACCAAUUCGUUGAAGUAUGUCGAAUUUGUGUUGAAUCUGGACAUUUUUUAUUUGCGCUUUAUGGAGGAGACAAUACCAAAGGCUUUGUGGAAAUCAUUGAACAGAUAGCCAACAUUACACUUGAUCCUAAUGAUGGUUUACCCGUCUCGAUUUGUGGGCGUUGUGUUAGGGAUGUUGAGGCGACUAAAGAACUUAUUGAAAGAUGCAGAACCUCCGAUGAGUGUCUCCGAAGGAAGCUAGGACUAAACACGCAUGUUAUACAAGAAUUUGAAGUAGGGGGAGAAAAUUCUUCAAUUCAGCUGAUAGAAGUUUGUGGAGUUACUUCAGAACAAGGAAUUGCCUUCAAUCAAGUCGAAAUAGUUGAUAUAAAUGAUAUUAUUGAAGAAGAAUUGUUCGAACCAACCGAUCUUAUAUCCGAAUCUUCUGAAGAGGAAAACGAAAAUAUCAAGGCAAUAGAGUCGUCAUACGUAAAUGAUUUGAUUGUAACGGAUCCCACAGCACUUGUUGCAGAAGCCCAAGAGUCCAAUUAUACGCAAUGUUGUGGCUGUGUGGAGCAUUUUGAUACUUACGAAGCGCUCCAAAAUCACUCCCAGCUCUGUCAUCUUGAAGAUAAAGGUAUAUGUGGUCCAGUUCCAGAUAAUCUAAUUGAAUGUGUCAUCUGUUACAAACUGUUCUCCGGAGUUGCCUAUUUAGAUUCGAUGCAUAGGCUAAACGCGUUUAAGUAUAGGCUUCAAUCAGUUGGAUUCCCGAAAGUAAUGCAAUGCUGCACGUGUGAUUUCAAAGCCUCUAGCAAAGACGAGCUUUUGCGUCACUCGGAAGAACACAUCGGCCAGAAAACUCAUGAAGAUCCCAACAAACCUUUCGAAUGUGAGUUCUGCUUUAAGCGAUACAAAGAAAAACCAACACUAAAUUUCCACCAAAGAUUCAGUCAUAGUUACAAGAAGCAGUUGGUAAACAAACGACGAGGAUGUAGGGCGGUUAAAAAGAGGACCGAAAUUGAGAGUGCUACUGAUAGUAGGAAAUGUUGUGGAUGUUCUGCAGAGUUUCUUUCUUUGGAUUCCCUGAAACAACAUUCUCGAAUGCAUCACGAUCUAUAUCGAAGUCAAAUUGAUAGUGCAAACCCAUUUGAAUGCGAAAUAUGUUUCAAACGUUUUCCGACACUAGUCAGAUUGGAACAACAUCGGUUGGUUCCAUAUAUUCGCGAACACAAAUGCGACGAAUGUGCGAAAACAUUCCUUACUUUACCUCUUCUUCAAAAGCAUAUGCAGAAUCAUAAUUCGUCUAAAAAGGGGAACGACGAAACACCUAGAGGGGAGAAUGUUUUAGUCGAAAAAAAUGUCCAGUGUGACUUAUGUGGGAAAACUGUGAAAGAUAAGUACCAACUCAAAGCUCAUCAGAAGUCGAAACAUUCGCAAGAUAAACCCUUCAAUUGUAGUUUGUGCUUUCGACAGUUCAAGUGGAAACACGCACUGCAAAAUCAUCUUCGAGUGCAUACUAAGGAACAACCAUACGGGUGCAAGUAUUGUCCGAAAAAAUUCACGCAACUGACGGACAAAAACAGACACGAGAGUAGUCACAGUCAAAAGUUUCCAUUGCAAUGCUUGAUUUGUGGCAAAGGGUUUUCAGCCGGAAGACAAAAGAGUUUGGAAAAACAUGAAAAGUUGCAUCAAGCUGGAGAGGAUUACCCAUUCACGUGCCGGUUUUGCGAUCGAACGUUCACCAGAUUGUCGCACCGGGAUCGACAUCAGGCACGUCAUGCUGCGGAAUGAGCUCCAAACCUACAAAUGAACGAGGAAAUAGACAAACACACCGGACACCAUCAUUUUCAUUUACAGCAUUGCAUUGUCUCAGCAGCACUUACAACCAAAAACACUAGACUAGAUUUGUACGUAAUUUAUUGCCGCUAUACCCAUAAUUGUCUCAUGGUCGGAAGUUUCGAUGUUUAGUGGAUGCUGGAAGAAUAAAAUUAAAAGCUGAAGUUCAGUUAUGUAACAUGUCCACAUAGCAAAUAUAUUUAAUUUAGAAAUUGUGUGUUUAUAAUCUAAAGCAUAUGAGAUAUA